AUGAUGAAAAUAAGUGCCCACAUCUUGGCAAAACAAUUGGCAAAAACCACGCUCUCAACGACCGAAGAAGCUUUGUUGGAGUUAUCGAUUUCAAGGUUCAUCAACAUGCUGAAUACCUCGAUGCAAGAUACUGUACCUAUCAAGAAUUCUUCUCACAACAUCAGUGGGCCUGUAUCAACAACGUCAUAUCGGCAUCGAAUCUGGAGCUACGAUGGUUCAUCGCCGGAAUUAAGUGCCCUUUUCGAUGCCAUUGUUCAUGUAGGCGACAAUAUCUGGGAUGUCAUCGCUUUUAUCGACGAGAAAAUGGCAAAUAUCAAAAACAAGAUGCCUACAACAAAAUUUGCAACCAUUUUGGAGUUUGUUUUCGAUUGCACAGAUGUGGCAGUGGUGGACGGUGAGAACUCUUGCGAGGCAACCAAAAAUGUGGCCCUUUUGAACAAGGCAAUCUUCACCCCCAUGCAGGCAGUACCAGUGUUUGGAAAGAAAAUCAAUGAAAACGGUCAAGAGUUCAAGAAGACUUGAAACUAAUGCACACGAACGCAGCGAUUCUCGACCAUCUCAACAGCCAUUGUUCAAUCGACAUCAGCGAACUGUUGGCGAUGAAUUUCAUCGGUAAAUAUGAUGUAUUGGUGAACGCAAUAAUAAUCGAUGACUGACUAAUAA